AUGUGCUACCUGCGACGAAGCCUCAGUAAGUCUGUCAACGCACUAGUCCUCCAUUUUGAAUUUGUGAAAUGCAAAAAUUUAGUGAACUAUAGAAAAAGGGGGAAAUAUUAUAUGUUAAUUUCUUAUGAUAAUUUAAUUUUUUAUGAGAAAGAUUUCUAUGAAGUGCAGUUCAGAAUAUUUUUCUGUGACAUUCAGCAGAUAUAUCUGUGCGACAAAUCAAAUUAUAUUCACAUCAAUUUGAAGGCUGAUUCAGCUAUUAAUGACAUAGGCAUAAAGGGAAUAAACAAGAACAUCCUCAUCAAUCAAUUAUGUGUUGCAUACAGUACUUACUACAUGUUCAACCUGAACAUGAUCAUUCACAUGCCAAUUACAAAGGAAACAUACGAGGAGAGAUGCAGCAGAACACGUCAAAAUUCUCAACUGAGAAAGGUUGAUCUUUCCGUGCAGCCAUUUAUCGGAUACAGAAAAGUUAUAAUUGAUAAUUACUUCUUCUUCAUUCACAAGUCCUUUCAAAACUUUGCAUUCGUUUCAAGCGAGAGUGCCUUUUAUAUUGACCACAGAGGAAUCGAAAUAUGCAUAAAGAUAGACGACCAAAAAAGCAUGAUCCAGUUGGAUGGGACGGACGACAACAAUAUAUAUCAACUGGCGAGAAAUCAUCUGGAUUUUUUAAUUAACGAUGCCAAAAUUCCACUUAUCAUACGGAAAAAUUUUUAUUAUAAAAAGAUGAACUUAUCAGAUGAUCUGGCUAAGUGGUCGGGAUAUGAGAUUUAUUUGAAGAACGAGACCCAUACCAUUGUUUGCAUAAUAUUUAGGAGGUCAUUCAUACCUCCUCUCCUCGACAAGAGCCAAGAUAUAUUUAUCACAUUUAAAAUAUCACACCAGAGCCAACAAGAGUUCGACGUAACCGAUAAGGACUUGUUUGCAGAGGUGUAUGUGGUGGCUAAUUCAUUCACAUCCAAUGAUAUUCACAACACAUUCUACGCCAACUUAAUACAAGUUCAAGUAGAUGCCCUGCUAUACAACUCUGAUAUAUAUGAAUAUUUCGAAUCACGCUUAAAAAUAAAACCAUCUUACUUCGAUUGCAUAAAGAUAUUUUUCAAGUCCAUGUUGGUGAUUCUUAAGGAAGGAAACGUAAUGAUAAGUUCUGAUUUGUUGGAAUUCCUUGGAGAAGACACAAAAGUGGAGAGAAAUUUAGAGUACCUUCUAAAUGUUAUAUUGAAUAGGAUUUCAGGUGUGAAUCUACUGGACACUCACAGAAGAGAAAAAAUAAAAAUUAAUAGAAUCCUGCACCGACUUACAGAUUACCUUCUUUACUGUCUAGAUUCGGGUUUUUUAUCGGACAAGUUCAAUGUAACGGAUUUGACAAAUGGUGCGAUCGUCAUUAGUGAAGAUAACAAAAUGGCCUUGGAUGAAAUCAUAAACUUUCUACUGCACCUACGUGAACGGGAUUACUUGAUGGAUUACAGGAAAGAUUGUCUAGAACUACUUCGGGAAGUAGAAGAAGUUCGUGUGGGAGCAAUUCCUCAGAAAGAGGAAAUUUUGAAUGAGAUGGAGAGAGGGGCAAAAUGGAGUGAAGGUAAAACAAACGAUGCCAAACAAAUCACAACGGGAUUUACAGAAGAAAUUGUAAAAGGAACAACAGCCCGGAUACAAAUAGAAGAACUUCUAGAAAGCAAUAAAUAUUCGAUAAAUGAUUUUAUGCUAUAUCAUCUGCACCAGUGUGGAUACAUCAACAAAUUCAUUCAAUAUCAAAAUGAUAAUAAUUAUAAGCACAUUAUAGCAUAUAUUUUGAGGUAUGGAGUAAAUAUAAAAAUAAAAAAAAAGAUUUUAAAGAAUUUAUUAAUAUUUUCCAAGAAUUAUAAAUAUAAAUAUGAUGACACUUUAAUAAAUUCUAUAGUAUACUUUCUUGUAAGAAUAUGUGAAGAAAAAAAAAAAAAAAAAAAAAAAAAUUUGUGCAUUUUAAUUUUAAGCAUAUUAAUAAAUAUAACAAAUAAUAAUGAAGAGGCCAAGAAUUUUUUAAUAAAAUUAAAUAUCGACAAAAUAUGUAAUUUGUUAAUUUUGUCAAAUGAUUAUAACAUUAUUGAUAAGAUUAUUUUACUAUACAUAAAUUUAAGUAAAAAUAAAUAUAUGUGUCAAAGUGUAAUAAACAACGGGAUACUUAUUCACAUGUUGGAUAUACUUUUUAAUAUAUAUUUUAUCAAUUUGAAAUUAAAAAAGGAAAUAUGUAUAAAUAUAUUUUGUGUAAUUGGACAUAUCUGUAAUUAUAAUAAAAAAUAUUGUAAAUUUUUAUUAUCUCAUUAUAUUGGACUUGUUGAAGUUGCAAUUUUUACUUAUCAGACAACAGAUAUUCUUCAUUUUGAAAAAAUUAAAUUAAUUUAUUUUUUUAAACAAAUUCUACAAUAUGGAUACAAAAGCAAGGAACAAGUAUGUACCCAAUUAUCUGCACUCAUUAUUAAGGAAAUAUAUAUUCACUCUAAUGAUAAAAAUUUUAUAUACUCUGCUUUAACUCUCUUUGAUGUAAUCGCUACUUAUAAAAUUAAUUGCUUGUACCUCGAGAAGUUGCAAAUCUUUCACCUUUUCAACUUUAUUAAGUCUCUUAAUGUUAUAGAUUUGUAUAAACGGGUUCUUCUCAUAGAAGCCAAGGUCCGAAAAAAUGGACAAAUUCUACGAUAA